CUGGGAGGUCACAUGACAUAACACAGACCUGACCGGAGAGAUGGAUCCAGUCAUGGGAACGCACCAGAGAGAUGUCCCCGUCCUCUGUAUUCCCGGGAUUCCACACAGGAAGGUCACACCAUCCCUCACCGUCAUCAGGUAGAUGGAUCAAGUCAUGGGAACCCAUCAGAGAGAUGUCCCCGUCUUCUGUAUUCCUGGGAUUCCACACAGGAAGGUCACACCAUCCCUCACCAUAAUCAGAAUGGAAACCUCAGAGAUUGUAAAGUUGAGGUGAAAUCAGAAGAAGAAGAGGCAUAUGUGAGGGAUGAUCAGCAGUCUAUGGAGGAGGAUGGAAUAACGGGGACAUUUAUAGAGGAGGACACUCCUACAGAGAUCAGCACAGAUGGAUCCAGUCAUGGGAACCCACCAGAGAGAUGUCCCUGUCCUCUGUAUUCCCAGGAUUCCACACAGGAGGAUCACAGCUACACUCAGCAUGCUCAGGGUGAAAACCUUGAGAAUUAUAACAUUGUUGUUAAAGAAGAGUAUAAAGAGGAGGAUGAGGAGUAUGGAGUGAUGGAGGAGUUCUCAGAAGGACACAAGGAUAUGAUGGAGCUACCUAAUACCAGGAACCCACCAGAGAGAUGUCCCCGUCCUCUGUAUUCCCGGGAUUCCACACAGGAAGGUCACACCAUCCCUCACCAUCAUCAGGUAGAUGGU